AUGGCCACUUCUCUCCCAUCGGUGGCGAUUCCAGGCCAGCGUCUUGGCUCCGUAGCUGCAUAUGCAGCUGGACCAGGCACACACAUCCAACAAGCCAACAUUUACGCCUCAAUUGCUGGUCCCGUUGUUGUCGAUCCUGCACCACCAAAGACCCAAAGCAAAUCAACGCUCCGGGUCUCUCGAGUAAUUCCUGCCCCCUCCCGUGGAACUUUAUCUGGAACUUCCCAAAAACCGCGCUACAACACUCUUCCUGCGAUCGACUCCAUCGUCCUUGCCCGAGUCACACGCGUGCAAAAGCGACAGGCGACAGUCUCUAUCCUAGUCGUGCUUGACGAGUCAGCCGCGAACUCAGAUCCAUCAAAGUCUGCUUCAGACAAUGAUAACGUUGCCUCUAUCCUGACUUCGGCAGCGAACCCAGAGAACCACAGCAAUACCGAUGAAUUGCGUUUCCAGGCGCUGAUCCGUAAAGAGGAUGUGCGGGCUGUCGAGAAGGAUCGUGUCGUCAUGGACGAGAUGUUCCGUGUCGGCGAUAUCGUUCGUGGUUCUGUCAUUUCUCUAGGCGAUCAGAGCUUCUACUACCUCACCACAGCUCGCAAUGACCUCGGCGUUGUUAUGGCCCGCAGCGAUGCUGGCAACAUGAUGUUCCCUGCUAGCUGGAAGGAGAUGAGAGACCCGGUCACUGGUGUCGGGGAGCCACGGAAGGUCGCCAGGCCAUUCUGA